AGAUGUCUAUGACAGGUUGGCCAGUGAAAACACAUAAAUAAACUCCACUUUUGGGACAGUAAACUUCCUAGAGUUGAAGAUAUGGGUGUCCGGUUAAGUCUUCUUGGCAUAUCGGCACUGCUUCGACUGGCGACUGUUGUAACAGAAGCUCCCAGAUCGACAGGAUCUGAUAUUAGAGAUACAACGAAGUGGACAGUUGUUGAAUUUGAUAAAAGAAAUGUAUCCUUACCCUGUGCGGUAGACACGAGUGGCUUGCCCUUGUUACAUGUUGGGUGGUACAUGUGCAGGAUCCAGAUGAUACAAGAGUGCAGAAGUGGUUCGGAAAAGCGCAAGAUUGCUCACAUCGAAAACAUGUCGAAUGUCUCCAUUGUCCGUCCGGAUGAAUUUGACUUGACUCUUAAUGGCUCUUUAAUUAUACUUCGGAUUCUUUCUAAGUACAACAAAAUGAUCUUCCUCUGCAAAGGAAAAGUUCGGUUUCAUAGGCACCAUGAAAACUUUACAAUCCUUCAUUUAGUUUUCCCCAGUACCUCACGACCAUCACUGCGUCCAACAACCCCAGAUAUUCCAAUUGCUACAGGUCCAUCAUCUUCAGGCAUCCCAGGCUUUGCGCGAUCACCUCCCCCAGUUUUAGGUGGAAGCAAGGAAGAAGUGGAUUUUGCGACAGCAUUCCAUAAAGUCCUCCCUUUAAACAUUUUUUUGUUUGUGUUACUGGCUAUUGCUGUUGUGAUAAUAAUUUUGUUGGUUAUUAAGAUCCAGAGGCAUGGAGAAGAUAAUCUUAAUGAUGCCCCAGACCAUGGAAUUCCCAUGCAGCCCUCCACAAACGACGCAUUUAAUCCACCAAACCGGGGUAGUAUAGAAAUUCUUGCGCAAUAAAUCUUAACAUGUGUUGGCCCUGCUCAAGACAAGGAAGGAAAGCCAGUACAGUUUUUUUUGCAGACUCACUCGGCUGCGCAAAACGUUUUACCACUGUGAUGACGAAAUUCUUUGUUGAUAAAACUACAGACUACGCUAAACCACUAUCCAAUUGGUAAUUUUUCUUUGCAAUAGCAAAAGACAAAAUGAAGAAACAAAACAAAACAAAAAAAGAAACAAAACUACGAGAUACAAAACAAAUGAACAAAUAGUUUUGUCUUUUGUUAGUAUUUUGUUAAUUUGGAAUUAUUCAUAUUGUACAUUCGGGGCACAUUUUGUGCUCUAGAGCACAAAAGGUGAUGUUAUAACUAACCGGUGGGGUUGUAAAAAAAUACUAAUUACGUUCUAAUUCGCUUCGCUCAAAGGAACGUAAAUUAUUUUACCCUUAAACUCCCGUAAUAUAAACAGAUCACACGGGAAAUAUGGUAGGAUGCGCAAGCGGGUCCAAAACACAGUUUAUUAUAAGAUAGAAAUUAGAAAGUUAUCAUUAUUGUUAUUUAUUUAAUUUAUCUCCUUUUUUUUU